AUGUCGCAGAAGAGUCAGGACUGUGAGCAGAAGGACGGGCUCCAGGAACAGAGCGAGCCCCAGAGCCUGGAGGGGGUGCAGAGCCCGGGGGCUGAGGAGGGGGCGGCUGCCAUGGCCUCUACUGCCCCUUCUUCCUCCUCUGCUGAGUGUUCCCUGAUCCCGGGACCCCAGGGGGAGGGGACUCCUUUGGGAGCAGAGAGUACACCCCAGAGUCCCCAGGGUGCCUCCUCCUCCCCCCAAGGGGCCAUGUCAGCUGAGGGCACCAGCAGUCAGGAAGGGGCGGGUGCUAGUGCCCCCAGUGCCAAGUCUAAAACUGGGCGCAAGCACAGGAGCAAGCUAGAUAAGACAGUGUGGCAUUUGGUCAAUUUCCUUCUCAUCAAGUAUCGGUAUGAGGAGCUUACUACUAAGGAGGAGAUCCUGGCUCUGGUUGUCAGAAAGUAUGAGAGGCACUACCCCAAGAUCUUCCAAAAAGCUUUGGAGAUCAUGCAGAUGGUCUUUGGUGUGGAAGUGAGGGAAGUGAACCCCACCUCCCAUACCUUUGUCCUGUUACCCUUUCUCGGGCUCACUUAUGACAAGAAGGCGGAGAGCUAUGCCCACACCUUGCCCAAGAACGGCCUUCUGAUCACAGUCCUGAGUACCAUCUUCCUGGAAGGUGGCCGUGCCAGUGAGCAGAAGAUCUGGGAGUCACUAAAAGAGAUGGAUGUACGUGCAGGGCAGGAGCAUUUUAUUUACGGGGAGCCCCGCAAGCUCCUCAACCAAGAAUGGGUGAAGAAUGGGUAUUUAGAGAUCAGACGAGUGCCCCACAGCCAGCCUCCUUGCUAUGAAUACCUGUGGGGCCAGAGGGCCCACAUGGAAACCAGUGAGUUCAAAAUCCUAGAGCAUCUGACCAAGAUCACUGGCACUGCCCUUAGUUGCUUCCCCAGCCAGUAUUUGCAAGCUCUGAAAGAGGGGAGGCACAGAGGUCCAGUCCCAGAGGAAGUUGGGGCUCUCAGCAGGUCCCUUGGUAGUAUCCAUCCUGGACCAUAUCUACCAUUUCCUAAACCUUAA